AGCAAAUCUGGGGGGUCAAAAUGGGCAUUUCGGGAUGAGCCCCGGAACGCAAUCAAAUUGUCUCCUCGUUCUUUGACAAGUUCAAGCUUCUCCCCUCUCCUCCGCUCGCACUGAGCAGCCAGCGGCAACGCCAAACCUCCGCCAACCUCAAGGUCGCCGGAGAAUCUGUCCCGCGUUGUCUGGAGCGUUCAACCUGCUGCUCCGACGAGGAUUCCGACGCCGGACAGAGAAAGACGGGCGGGGCGUGCGAGAAAUGCUAGCCAGAAGGGUAGUUUCCGUCGCCAAGGAUACCCCGAAAUCGCUGUACUCCAGUUCUGCGCAGCCUUCGAAUGAGGGCAAAAGCGGUUUCGCUCGAAAGGCCGUGUCGUUCGUGCUGAUCACGGUGACGGGCGGUGUCGCUCUGAGCGCUCUCGACGAUCUUGCUAUCUAUAAUGCCUGUAGCAGUAAGGCCCUGGAUAAAGCAAGUAAGAACAAGGCAAUCGUAGAUGCCCUUGGGGAACCGAUUAAGAAGGGUCCCUGGUACAAUGCAUCUCUAGCAGUUGCUCACCAGAGGCAUUCUGUUUCUUGCACAUUUCCUGUAUCCGGUCCACAAGGCAAUGGAAUCUUCCAAUUGAAAGCAGUCAGAAAUGGAGAAGACACGUGGUUGUCCUUUCUGCGUCCUCGGGAUUGGGAAAUUUUAGCCAUGGAGGCACUCCUCCAUGUUCCUGAAAAUGAAGAGAAGCAGCGGACUUUUCGUAUAAGUCUGUCGGGUGAUUUUCGUCCUCCGGGUUGUGAGGCAUGCACGAGCUGCUCAUCCUCAGAACAGAAGCAUGGAGAAACGCAAAAGUCAUCUGCUAGCGCUUGAGAUUGUCGGUUUUGUAUGCGUCCCUUCAUAACUCUUUGGGAGGCUUUUGUUUUGCAAAUCGCGAUGGAUCGAUUUGUGUUACAUAAUUCAUUUUGGCAACUCUGAGAUUUGAUGCAAUAAUUUUGGCUGAAGCGAUCAGAUCGUGA